UACUUCGGCAAGAUUGAAGAGGGGGCCGGGUUGGCAGCAUUGUUUGCUUGCCGUGCCUCCGCCUAUAAAUCCUGCAUUUGUCCCACUGAGUCACCAGAAGGCACAUCGGACACUGGGCUGAACUAUAGCCUCCGGACAUUGCUACCCGCUGUCAAGAAGUGGCUCGUCCGAAUAGCAGGGACCACUCUAUUCACUAUUGGAGUGGGUGUAUUGCAGUGUUGUGUGCUGGCUGAGGGUACAGAGCCCUAUACUGGGGAUGUGACUCAGAGAGCCAGAUUUAAGUAGUAGCAGAGUGCACUGGGAUGGUGACAAAGUGACUUACACAGGCCGAUUGAAGGCUCAUGGUUCAUAGUUUAGUAUAGUGCUAGGCAUAGACACUGUACUCUCACUAUACAAUAUAGAACACUUGGAUUCAACUGAGCUUGGUUCAGGACUACCACAAAAAUGCUGUGUUCCCCCCUCAUACUUCUGUGGACCCUGUGGAUUUUGGCUGUGGAUUGCUCUCGCACAAAGGUUUUCUUGCCCAUUGAACCGGAACAGGAGCCCCUCCAAUCCAAGACUCCAGCAGGUUGUACAUUUGGUGGAAAAUUUUACUCUCUGGAGGAUUCGUGGCAUCCAGAUCUUGGGGAACCAUUCGGAGUUAUGCACUGUGUAUUAUGCUAUUGUGAACCUCAGCGAAGUCGUCGAGGAAAACCAUCUGGCAAAGUCAGCUGCAAAAACAUCAAACAUGAUUGCCCCUCACCCUCCUGUACUAACCCUAUCCUGCUCCCUGGACAUUGCUGCAAGACUUGUCCCAAAGCUCCUCCUAUAAAGAAAUCAGACUUUGUUUUUGAUGGAUUUGAGUAUUUUCAAGAGAAGGAUGAUGAUCUUUAUAAUGAUCGCUCUUAUCUUAGUUCCGAUGAUGUCGCUGUAGAGGAGAGUCGUUCAGAAUACGUGGCACUACUAACAGCACCCAGCCAUGUGUGGCCCCCAGUUACCAGUGGAGUAGCCAAGGCUAGAUUCAACCUGCAGCGCUCAAAUUUGCUCUUCUCGAUCGCUUAUAAAUGGAUAGACAGACUUUCCCGAAUCCGUUUCUCUGAUCUUGAAGGUUCUGUGCUGUUUGAACACCCAGUGCACAGAAUGGGAUCCACACGAGGUGACACUACCUGUGGUAUUUGGAGGUCCCUUAAUCGUUCCACUCUACGUCUUCUCCAAAUGGGUCACAUUGUUGUAUCUCUAGUGACCACAACACUUUCAGAGCCUGAAAUAUCAGGCAAGAUUGUCAAACACAAAGCCCUGUUUUCAGAGACCUUCAGUGCACUUCUUACCCCAGAAGACUCUGAUGUAACAGGAGGUGGAGGACUCGCAAUGUUUACACUAAGUGACGUGGAUGACAAUCUGCACUUUAUUCUUAUGCUCAGAGGUCUACGUGGUGGAGAACGAGAUUGGAUUCCAAUACUUUUGCAAAUCUCUCAUCAGAACCAUGUGAUACGGGAGAUAUACGCCAACAUCUCUGCACAGGAACAAGAUUUUGCAGAGGUCUUGCCAGACCUUUCCAGCCGUGAGAUGCUGUGGUUGGCCCAAGGUCAGCUAGAGAUUUCAGUGCAGACAGAAGGGAGACGUCAGCAAUCAAUGUCAGGCAUCAUCACAGUCAGAAGAUCAUGUGACACUUUGCAGAGUGUGUUAUCUGGUGGUGAUGCUUUAAAUCCCACCAAAACUGGAGCUGUGGGAUCUGCAAGUAUUACACUGCAUGAAAACGGAACUGUGGAAUAUCAGAUUCAAAUUGCUGGUACCAUGAGUACUGUGACAGCUGUGACACUGGAGACUAAACCUCGCAGGAAAACAAAGCGAAAUAUUUUGCAUGAUUUGAGCAAGGACUACCAUGAUGGAAGGGUCUGGGGAUAUUGGAUAGAUGCUAAUGCCCGAGACCUACAUAUGCUGUUACAAAGUGAGCUCUUCCUCAAUGUAGCAACAAAGGACUUCCAGGAAGGGGAGCUCAGAGGACAAAUAACCCCUCUGUUAUACAGUGGCCUGUGGGCCAGAUAUGAGCAGCUCCCAGUUCCUCUAGCUGGUCAGUUUGUGUCACCACCAAUCAGGACAGGUUCAGCAGGUCAUGCAUGGGUUUCACUGGAUGAGCACUGCCACCUGCAUUAUCAGAUUGUGGUGACUGGUCUGGGUAAGGCAGAGGACGCUGCACUAAACGCACAUCUCCAUGGUUUUGCUGAGCUUGGUGAGGUCGGGGAGAGCUCUCCUGGACACAAGAGGUUGUUGAAGGGCUUCUAUGGGUCAGAGGCACAGGGUAGUGUAAAAGACCUUGACCUUGACCUUUUGGGACAUCUGAGCCGGGGCACAGCAUUUAUCCAAGUGAGCACCAAACUGAAUCCUCGUGGUGAAAUUCGAGGACAGAUACACAUACCUAACAGCUGUGAAUCUGGAGGAGUUUCUCUAACCCCCGAGGAGCCUGAGUAUGAAUAUGAAUUAUAUGAGGAGGGAAGGCAGCGUGACCCUGACGAUCUUCGGAAAGACCCAAGAGCAUGCUCUUUCGAAGGUCAACUAAGGGCCCAUGGUUCACAAUGGGCUCCAGAUUAUGACAGGAAAUGCUCUAUGUGUAGCUGUCAGAAACGUACCGUGAUCUGUGAUCCUAUUGUGUGCCCGCCUCUGAACUGCUCCCAGCCUGUCCAAACAUCAGAUCAGUGUUGUCCUGUGUGUGAAGAAAAAAAAGAAAUGAGAGAGGUGAAAAAACCAGAGAGAACUCGCACAAGUGAAGGCUGCUUUUUUGAUGGAGAUCGUUCAUGGAAGGCGGCUGGUACACGUUGGCAUCCUUUUGUUCCUCCAUUUGGUCUAAUUAAAUGUGCCAUUUGCACCUGCAGGGGUUCGACUGGAGAAGUGCACUGUGAGAAGGUGACCUGUCCAAAACUUUCCUGUACCAACCCAAUUCGUGCCAAUCCAUCUGAUUGCUGCAAACAGUGCCCAGUAGAGGAGCGGAGUUCUUUGGAGCUGGCAGACAGUAUGCAGUCAGAUGGAUCACCACGAUCAUGCAGAUUUGGCCGUCAGUGGUACCCAAAUAAUGAGCGCUGGCAUCCAACUGUGCCACCCUUUGGAGAGAUGAAGUGUGUUACAUGCUCUUGCAUGGAGGGAGUUACACAGUGUCGGAGACAGGAGUGUACAGGAACUACAUGUGGUAUUGGUUCAAAGAGGGACAGAUGUUGCACCAAGUGCAAAGAUGCCAAUCAAGAUGAAGAAGAAAAAGUGAAAUCAGAGGAGACAAGAACUCCAUGGAGUUUCUAGAGAGGAGUGCAACUGGGGUAAUGGGAUUGAUUAUCAAAGCUCAUAGAGAGAGACAUGUCUCAAGUUGAGACAACUGCCAGGACUUAUGGAUGUCUGCACAAUGUUUUGUCCCACUCUGAUGACACUGCUAAUGGAUUUUUAUUCUUUUGUUUCAUUUGCUGCCAUAAAGCAGUUGGAUUCUGGAAGCAGCAUUUGGAAGUAAAAUACAUUGCCACCUUGGAUUCCCUUCAAACAAUCAGUCUGUCUUUCUGACAGAAGCAACUCUAAAUCCUGCCUAAACAGGACCUGGAGUUUUAACGUCUGAUCUGUAGAGCUUUGCAACAGGAGCACAGACACAGCAUAGGCAGCUGUGCAUAUGUAGAUAUAUACUGACUAAAAGUGCUCUGUGGCUCUCUACAGGACAGAAAGAAAAGUACAAGCGACAGACAAAGAUUACAGUGUUCUUGCUGGAAAGUCUGUAUAUAUGUCUGCGUGUGUGAGUGUGUGAACGCAUGUUGUUACUUUGGGGGUGUAUGAUCAGACAUAUAUCAAUUCCUCUUGUCCAAGCACACACUAUGGGAAACUUUGUCUUGUAUUAUUUAUGGUAUUUUGAGUGGGUGCGGUACCUGUACUAAUUAACUAUUAAUGAUGGUCGUAUUUAUUGAACUAAAAUAAAGUGAAACAUUUUCCCA